AUAACAUCAAGUUAUAAAAGCACUAUUUGUUAAAAUUCAAUACACAACUCUUUCUGAUCAUCUCCCGCUGAAAAUUUGAUUUGCGAGUUGUCGGGUGCAAUUAGAUUAACAUGUACACCAGCGCUCGGCGAAUACACAAUGGCGUUAAUCGCACUGGCGGACAGAAACAUUGCCGACAAUUGUUGACUGUCGAGAGUCGAAGUGAAAAUCUCAGUAUGGGAUGGCAAUUAUUCCAAGCCGUUGACCUGUGCCGAUGAAGUUUAUACGGUUGGAAUGGGCCCGAGAAACAAUUCAUCUCAAUUUGGAUACACUAGUUUCAGCGUAGCCCGGAUGAGGGGGAAAGAGGGCCUCGUUUAAACAUUAAACGUGCAUGUGUCUUGAGAAAACGACGUCAGUGGGUGAUCCCACAGACAAAGAACGACAUAUUGUGGAGGGAAUUUAACGAGAGGAAAGACAACGAUUCAUUAUAAAGGUGUCUCUGACUGUCAUCAGCUGUCACCAAGCUCCGGAUUUAGCUGUGCACUGUCUGGCUAUGCUGUGUGUGUUUGAUAGGAUCGCUGUAAGGAGCUAAGAUAAGUUACUGUUUGCACGACCACACAUCACUUCACAAUGGAUAACCCGGGUGUGCGCAAACUAAGUGCCCACGAGGACCAAGAGCGCAAGGCUUCUCCUUCUGACGGAGUUAUGUCCCCUUCCGGAAGUCUAACUUUAUCAGAUAGUUACGUUACGCCACCCGAGGGGUCCUUUAUCCCUCCUUCCGGCCACCUGCGCAGUGGAACACUUGACAGCUUCCGGAGUAUUUCAACUGAUACGUUUUUCACGCCUCCGGGAUCGGAAAGUUCCAGGAGUCGGUACGCCAUCAAGGACAUCCUCGGCGCAAGGGACAACGGCGACGACUCCAGAGACGAAAAUGUCAGCUACAUGCUCCGAGAUUCGUCGGACUCUCAGAAAACAGUAAAAAGUGUGGUUUUGGCGAAUGGAAAAUUGAAAUCUGAUGGGAUGAAAUCAGACCCUACUACUCCUGUGUCGUCAUUUCCGGAUUCAAAAGGGGAGACAACCCCUGAAGAUCAAAGGGGAGAAACCUCAGAGACUGAACAGUCGACCCUGAAGAGGAGAAAAAGUGUUUCUCUUCCCCUCGCUUCUAACUCUACGGGGGAAAAGUCGCGCGAGGAGAAGAUGAUCAAGACUCCCUCAAGCUGCGUGACCACUCCCUCGGACAAAAUGACCAGUGCCGCCACCACUCCGGAAGAGCCCUCCCAAGCUAGGAAGUUCCUGAAGGGAGGCACCAAGGCACUUCUCAUUCAGAAGGCAAAGAGCAAGAUAAUCAUGCUGAAAGUACUGCGGGAGUUUCGGGGCAGGGCCCACGGAAAACAGACCACCGAGGAAUCUGAGAAACUACAGGUGGCCGAGAAGGACAAAGAUGGUUCCAAAAGUGAAAAGACGGAUUCGGACGACCAGAGCUACCAUGACCCCGUCCCCCCCUCCAAGAUCCAGCAGGCCUCAUCCCAGAUGAUCAUCCUCCAUUACUCCCCCUUCAAGGCUGUGUGGGACUGGAUCAUCCUUCUCCUCGUCCUCUACACCGCCGUCUUCACCCCCUACUCCGCCGCCUUCCUCCUCAACGAGGAAGAGAUCAAGAUGAAGCUGAACCAGGACCCCGCCACUCGGGACACCAUCGCGGAGACUAGUCGCGCGGACCCGCUGGUCAUCGUCGACCUCAUCGUGGACUUUAUGUUCAUUGCGGACAUUCUGAUUAACUUCCGGACAACCUUUGUGGUCAAUGGGGAGGUGGUCAGUGAUCCGCAGAAAAUUGCGAUAAACUAUGUGAAGGGCUGGUUCGUCAUCGACGCCAUUGCUGCCAUACCCUUUGAUCUGCUGCUGUUUGGUUCCGGCACCAGUGACACAAUGAAAGCAACUGGCAUCCUGAAAACGGCCCGUUUGUUACGAUUGCUUAGAGUCGUUCGACGAAUCGAGCAGUUUGCCGAAUACGGAGCGGCCGUACUCUUGCUUCUCAUGGUGACCUUUACCCUCAUCGCUCAUUGGCUGGCGUGUAUCUUCUACGCUAUCGCCAACAUGGAACGGCCGACCCUGCACGCCCAUAUAAGUUGGUUGGACGGUCUUGCCGAUACAAUGAAAAGGCCGUACUAUCCGAACGAUUCCCUGAGCGGGCCGACGAUACGCUCCAAAUACAUCACGUCGCUCUACUUCACAUUCACCAGCUUGACUAGUAUUGGCUUCGGAAAUGUGGCGCCAAAUACGAACGCCGAGAAGAUAUUUUCAAUAUUCGCCAUGCUCCUGGGAUCCCUGCUGAGUGCCGCCAUCUUCGGUAACGUCUCCUCCAUCAUGUUGCGACUGUAUCAGGGUUCGGAGGAAUACAAUGAGAAGAUGGAGAGCAUCAAGGAAUUCAUCAAGUUCCACGAGAUUCACAAGACAUUAGGCAACAGGCUGAUGGAGUCCUUUCAGCAUGCCUGGACGUACACCAACGGAAUAGACAUGAAUAAUGUGUUGAAGAGUUUCCCAGACUGUCUGCAGGCUGAUAUUUGUCUUCAUCUGAAUCGGAACCUACUUAAUAAUUGUGGCGCAUUUAAAGGAGCCAGUCCGGGUUGUUUGCGAGCUCUCUCCAGAAAAUUCAAAACUACGCAUGCGCCACCGGGAGACACAUUACUACAUCCGGGUGCUAUCAUGACAGCCAUCUACUUUAUAGCACGUGGUUCUAUAGAAAUCCUCAAAGAUGAUACGGUCAUGGCUAUACUAGGCAAGGAUGAUAUAUUCGGCGAGGAUAUUAAAGACCCGGAUAAGAUGACGAUAGGCAAAACCAUGUACUGUGUCCGGGCGUUGUCGUACUGCGACAUCAACAAGAUUGAGCUGGCCGACCUCAAGGAGGUUCUGUACACGUAUCCCGAGUUUGCAGACACGUUCCUGCUGAAGUUCCAAGUGACCUUUAAUCUUCGAAAGGGAACGCUACUGCAACGAAAGGUUAAAAAUAAAAUGGAGGAUGAGACGCUGAAAUUUAUACGACAACGGCGUCCAAGACUUCAGUGUAAGCGCCGGAACACGGAGAUCGAAGGACGCGCUGGUCUGAGACAGCGCCGUGUGGGCAGUUUGGACGCGCGCAGGACAAGCCGUGACAUCAUCGACCUGUCUGCUAGCGAGGAUGAGGGCGUGGGGAUCUUGGAACUGUCGACAGAGGGCGCCACCGAGGAGGUGACGGAGGAAGACUUUAACAAGAAGAAGGAGGCAGUCCAGCAGACUCGGAAAGGGAAGAAAGAGAAGUCACAGUCCGCGCGUGACGGAAGUCAAACUAAAAAACAAACACUUCCGGUCCGAAAAGAUCCUACUUCUGAAAGUUUGACUGGUCACGCAGGGUUAUCUCCCAUUGCUUCAAGCGGCACCACGUACACGCCGAAGUCUAGCUCCAGUACUGGACAGAUAUGGAAGCUGCAGAACAUAGAAUAUGAAAUAAAGCAAUACCCUGAAAAAGGAAGUAUACACUCGUUAGCCGACAUUGAUAGCAGGCUGGAGAACCUUUAUGACCGUAUGCACAACUUUGAAAACGAACUGUACACCACUGUUGAUGCCAUCCUAGAAAUACUCGGCCAUAAACCCAAAGUAACACGUGAUCAAAUUGAUUCAUGCGCAUCGCCUACUUCCGGUAAAGACAAGUCUGUGCGUCCUAAGGGAGUAAAGCUCAUUCACUCCCCAAGCGAUGGAGAGAAGAAGACGGGUUGAGAGUAGAUCGUGUGUUCAAGUGUUCAAAAUCCAAGAAACGGAAAACCCGAGAACAAGGAACAUGUUCUGGAAAGUGCGCACGAGGAACCUGAAAAGUACAGCUCGAUGGGCGCCGCCAUUUUAAGAUGACGUCACGACCCUGUUGAGAGCUAACGAGCGUCUGUCCAGGAAGGUGGCAUGUCUGCUAGUGGUAUUAGAUGCACCAAUAUGUUACGGACAGAACUUCACACACUGCUUGACGAGCCGUCUCGCUAACUCACCGACAGCGCCAUGUUAUGAUAUUGCUUCCAUUGAUUACCGCGGGAUGAUCGAAUAUGUCAAAGUUUGUGUGAAAAGCUGAUAAUAUUUUGUGAAUAUGCGUGCAUUAUGACGUUAUUAUUUGAUAGGCAACUAGUCUUGGAAUGUACAAGCGGGGAAGUUCUAUGGAUAUACAACUUCGUUAUUACAAUGAAUGCGAUAUAACAGAGUCAGUAUCUACACCCAAACGCCGCAGUCAUUGUAAUACAAACGUUGUAUAUCCAUAGACCUAUCUUCCUUGUUCUUCAUACCAUCUUCUAAAUGCCACUUAAAAUAGUCUUGGGAUAUUGAUACCAAUGUAAUGUGUUUGUUUCCUUGUCCGGCGCGGUGUCAACGCUUUGCAAUCCGCUGUAGAAGAAUCGUAUUCGUUGCCUGUGUAGAAACAACGUUGGGAAAUGGAAUGGUAUCGCAGGAAACGUCUCUGUUGUCAAAGUCGUCAUCACGUUCUUUUUGCCUCGGGGAUACCGUUAGAAACGUGUCUCUCGCAGCUAUGCUGGUCGGCAGAGGUGACGUAAUGGAUGGGCUGGUCAGACACGUUGACUUGGUGGGGUACGUGGAUCAUGACUACUUGUAUCAACCAGGGAGUUCUCAUAUCCAGCCUCGAUCAUUUACAGCCUGCCGUCAUAAAGCUGGACUAUAACUGAGACCAGAGUUAAACAAACAAAAUUAUUAUUACAUUCUUAACUCGACAUUUAAUUUUUUCUCCCUGUUAAGCAGUUUAUGCUAUUAUCUCCAGGUGCACAUAUGUACGAUGACCCUGGAAUAUGGCGACUUUAUCAUCGCUCAGUGACAUUAAUAACCAUGUUCUCAGCUAACCAGAUUAACGUACAAUGUUACGGUUAGUGGCGCAUUGUUACGUAUAGUGCGUAGUGUUAGGUUACGUGUGAACGGUAUUCGUUGUGUUCGAGGUCCAUAGAUAAUUUAAUAUUGACUCUAGGACGUCAUUCGAACGUGUUUAUGCUUGUGUGCGUAUGCAUGUGCGUGCGCGUGCGCGCAGCAGAAAGAAAUGUCAGGUCACAUUACGUCGGGGUAAGCGAUAAGUCUCCAUGCCAUUACAUUUAGAUGCACAUGUAUGAAGAUGCUUGGUUUGCGUCACGUAGCAAUGUUACAUAACCAUGUUUUGACAGAACGAAGCCCAGUUUGUGUAAACCUCAACUUACACUACUGUUCAAAAGAAACGUUCCCAUGUUCACGUCCUUGACGUUUAGAAUUCAAACAUAUGUAAAUGAUAUCAUAUAGUGAAUUAGACUGUCGGCACAGUAAUCAUUUAAAUAACAAUUAAAAACAAUCUUUUCGAAAUUGAUAUUUAUUAAUUAAUUUAUUUAUUUAUUUAUUUAUUGUUCUCACAAGAGCAUGACAGUUCCGAUACGGAACAUAUCACAUUCAUAUUACUAGAGCGGCGGUGGGUCAGACUGGUAGGUAAAGUGAUCACUCGUCCAUCCCGAAAACCGGAUUCGAUUCCUCACACGGGUACAAUGUUGGAAUAUUGCCCCUAAGGCGGCGUAAAACAAUACUCACUCACUCACUCUUACGCUUACUCACUCAUUGCGCGUGUUUCAUAUAGGUCCGGUCUGGCAUCAGUGUGGAGUUUAGGGCAGUGCAACUAUUAGAACCCUCUAUCCUUGAACCAUCGACGUUGGAUAUUUCCUCAAUUUUAUCUGUAUAUCUGGAGCAGACGGUACAUAACGGUACAUGCAGAGACAGCGAUUUUCAGUCGUAUGUCGUUUUGGAAAGAGGUGUGGUAAGUCUACAAGAACGGAAAUGUAUAUCCAUGUAAUAUUUUUAUAAACCUCCUAUAAUAUCGUGCCACAUAGAGUCUUAUUACUGGUCCUAGGUUCUUAAUUUUAGAUUAAUAAUAACAGUCGGCUUGUCGAAACGAAAUAUCCUAUGUUACUGUUCAAUUUUGAGUUAACCUGUUUUUUCUAAUCGAACGCACCACGAGUGGCAAUGUAAGGCAAUAAACAUCGAAAGCUAACCUGUGAUAGAGUUACGUUGCAAUAAAUAUUUGUAUCUUG